GCCACCGCCAGGACCCUGCUGGCCGCCGCCGCGCUCUGCCUCGUGUCCUCCGGCGCCGCGCCCAUGAGCAGGGAGGAGAAGCAGCGGCUCGGGAAUCAAGUCCUGGAAAUGUUUGAUCAUGCUUAUGGUAAUUAUAUGGAACAUGCUUAUCCAGCUGAUGAACUCAUGCCUUUAACCUGCCGUGGCCGAGUUCGAGGUCAGGAACCAAGCCGUGGAGAUGUAGACGACGCCCUGGGAAAAUUUUCCCUGACCUUGAUUGAUACUUUGGAUACUCUUGUGGUGUUAAAUAAAACUAAAGAAUUUGAAGAUGCUGUAAGAAAAGUUGUAAGAGAUGUUAAUUUAGAUAAUGACAUUGUCGUAUCAGUCUUUGAAACAAACAUCAGAGUUCUUGGGGGGCUUCUAGGUGGGCAUUCAGUGGCAAUUAUGCUGAAAGAAAAAGGUGAAUACAUGCAGUGGUACAAUGAUGAACUUCUGCAAAUGGCGAAACAGUUGGGCUAUAAACUUUUACCUGCUUUUAACACUACCAGUGGACUUCCUUAUCCCAGAAUAAAUUUAAAAUUUGGUGUAAGAAAACCAGAAGCUCGAACAGGAACGGAAACUGACACAUGCACAGCUUGUGCAGGUACCUUGAUCCUUGAGUUUGCUGCCUUAAGCCGAUUCACCGGAACAUCAAUAUUUGAGGAACACGCCCGGAAGGCUCUUGAUUUUCUCUGGGAGAAAAGACAACGCAGUAGCAAUUUAGUUGGAGUUACUAUUAAUAUUCAUACUGGAGAUUGGGUGCGCAAAGAUAGUGGUGUGGGAGCAGGAAUUGAUUCCUACUAUGAAUAUUUAUUAAAAGCAUAUGUCUUACUUGGUGAUGACAGUUUUCUGGAGCGAUUUAACACACACUAUGAUGCCAUAAUGAGGUACAUUAGCCAGCCACCUCUUCUGCUCGAUGUGCAUAUCCACAAACCAAUGUUAAAUGCUCGCACUUGGAUGGAUUCUUUGCUUGCCUUCUUCCCAGGCUUACAGGUUUUGAAAGGAGACAUUAGGCCUGCCAUUGAAACUCAUGAGAUGUUAUAUCAGGUGAUAAAAAAACACAAUUUUCUUCCAGAGGCAUUUACUACUGAUUUCAGAGUUCACUGGGCUCAGCACCCUUUAAGGCCAGAAUUUGCAGAAAGUACCUACUUCUUGUAUAAGGCUACCGGAGACCCUUACUACCUUGAAGUAGGAAAAACACUCAUUGAGAACUUAAAUAAAUAUGCUCGAGUGCCUUGUGGAUUUGCUGCUAUGAAGGAUGUUCGGACUGGAAGUCAUGAGGACAGAAUGGAUUCCUUCUUCUUGGCUGAAAUGUUUAAAUACCUUUACCUGCUGUUUGCUGAUAAAGACGAUAUGAUUUUUGACAUAGAAGAUUACAUCUUUACCACAGAAGCCCAUCUGCUACCUCUUUGGCUCUCUACUACGAAUCAGACCAUUGCUAAGAAAAACACAACUACAGAGUACACCGAACUGGAUGACAGUAACUUUGACUGGACCUGUCCAAACACCCAGAUUCUCUUCCCCAAUGACCCUAUGUAUGCUCAGAGCAUCCGGGAACCUUUGAAAAAUGUGGUGGAUAAAAGCUGUCCGAGAGGAGUUGCCAGAGUAGAAGAGAGUUUUGGGAGUGGACCUAAGCCCCCUCUGAGAGCCAGGGAUUUUAUGGCCAGUAACCCUGAACAUUUAGAAAUCCUGAAGAAGAUGGGAGUGAGUUUGAUUCACCUCAAAGACGGAAGAGUACAGCUGGUUCAACAUGCAAUCCAAGCUGCAAGUUCAAUGGAUGCUGAAGACGGCUUGAGGUUUAUGCAGGAAAUGAUUGAGCUCUCCAGUCAGCAGCAGAAAGAACAGCAGUUACCACCUCGGGCAGUUCAAAUUGUUUCCCAUCCAUAUUUUGGCAGAGUAGUAUUGACUGCUGGGCCAGCACAGUUUGGAAUGGACCUGUCCAAACAUAAAACAGGGACGAGAGGUUUUGUGGCAAGCAGUAAACCAUACAAUGGCUGUUCGGAAAUUACUAAUCCUGAAGCAGUGAAGGGAAAAAUUGCUUUGAUGCAAAGAGGCCAGUGUAUGUUUGCUGAAAAAGCACGGAAUAUCCAAAAAGCUGGAGCAAUUGGUGGGAUUGUUAUUGAUGACAAUGAGGGGAGCAGUAGUGAUACUGCUCCGCUUUUCCAGAUGGCUGGUGAUGGAAAGAAUACAGAUGACAUCACGAUCCCCUUGGUGUUCCUGUUCAACAAAGAAGGAAACAUUAUUUUGGAUGCAAUCCAAGAAUAUGAAGAGGUAGAGGUGCUUCUCUCUGAUAAAGCCAAAGACCGAGCAACAAUAUUUAAAGGUAAAAUGAUUCCAAACUACAUUAUUGAUAGCAAUUUGGAAAUGGAAAACCUGGAACAAAAGUCCCCGGAGAACGACUCACAGAAUCAGAGAUCUGAACAGAUUCCGGAGAGCUCUCAGGACCUCAGUUUGGCCAAGCCAGAGCCCGUUGGGGAAAAUUCCCUUGUUUCUGAACCAGAUCCGGCAUCUCCCGUCGAAGCAGACAGUACUAGUGUUUCCCCUUCCAAAGAGAAUUCCCGUCCCCCUGAAACUCAAGAGACUCCAAUCCAAGAGCCUGAAUGUACUGAAUUAGAUAACCAGCCUCAAGAACAAUCACAGACUGAGGAAGACUCCAGCCCUGCCGUUCCCUGGGACAAAAAUAAAGUCCAGCCUAUGGAAUCCAUACUCGCAGACUGGAAUGAAGAUAUAGAAGCAUUUGAAAUGAUGGAGAAGGAUGAACUAUGACUGCCAAAACAAUUGAUGGGUGGGUAUGAAAACAUGGUGAACUUUGGUUACAAGAGGGCCCUACUACCGGAGAUAGAGCUCUGAGGGGAGAUGUUACGUAGAGAGGUGUUAUGUUAUCCAGGCUUCGUCUGGAUUCGGUGAAGAUUGCGUAAGUCCAGAGAAUGCUACAUUAGCAUUGGUCACGUUUGAUUUUUUUCCCCCUUUCAGAAGGAGAGCUUACGGGCCACUCCUCCCUCUCCCCUCCCCGCCGACCAAAUCUGGCAACCUACGGCACCACGCCGUACCGCCUGCGCUCAGCCUGGUGGAGGAGGGUUGGCUCUGGGGAAGAGGUUGCCUCGGUCUCUGGAAAGAUGGGAAGCUGGUCAGGGCACCACUGGUGGCAGAUGCUGAAGCCAGGGAGGGUGGGCUGCCACUGAUGGAAAGGAAGGCCUGAUCUCCUUGUGUUGGAGUACAAACAGAAGCAGGUGAGAUACCCCGCUGUCUGUCUGCCUGUCUGUCCGCCCACACUAUUAACCAGCACGCCCCUUUCUUUCUUUCACUUACAAACGGUCCAGCCGAAUUGCACUUUCCCCCACUCCCUCAAAACCAAAGGUGAAGCUGAUGCAACACCUCCACCCAGUUGAGAGCCUGGGCAGCUUACCUUAAUAGUGGGACCAGCCAAAGGGCCCCAUAGUCGAGAUGGAAAUUGAGGCACUUGGCUACCGGGACUGGAAGUAAGGCAAGAAAAAGCACCAUGCGGCAACGUAAACUUUGCUUUGGGGCCUGCUGUGGGGCAGGUUGGUCACUCUUGGCCCGUUAACUCUUAACACUAACAUUGGAUGGUAGGAUUGGUGGUAUUCGGCCACAGUCCGUCCCCUAGGCGUCAUCACGGUCGUCCUCUAGGAGUCGGUCACCUCGGCCUUACGAUUUCAGCAUCAAGGCCAGGAGCACGUUUAACCACCCAAACGACUAAACAGCCCGUGGGACCAGUUCAAUGGAGACGUGCUAAAUUAGAAGGUGGUGAGUAAUGGGCAUUUCCCUGUUUUGGAACUUGGGUCUCUAAAGUUGCAAUCGGGGGUGGGCACAAUGUUAAAUCACAUUCACUUACACGUACUCCUCUUUCUGUGAGUGAAUCUGAAAAUUGAAUAUGGGGAAAUCUCUGAAAACACUCACCCAACUGCAGGCUCCUCCAGACAAAGUCAGAGAGCGUUUCUUUCUGACAACCUGCAUCAAAAUCCCAAAGUUUAGUCAUCUGUUUGUUCACUUUUCAUUUCUAUCAAUUACUCCUUAGGGCUUUAGUUAGAAUCUUGUCUGUAUUGUUAACAUUCAAGCUCUUCCUGAUCGGUCUAAAACAAGUUUCUAAGACAGGCUUACUCCCCUUCUGUCUUCCAUUAUUUUGGCAGUAUACCCUUUCUCUGAAAGACCAUUUGUGGAGGUACUGUAUAUGCAAUUGUUAAUCAGAGCAGCUGUACUGUAUUGUGAUGUAUAUUUGUGUACAAUGUGACUUCAAGACAGACAGACUGAUGUUGCAGUCUUCUGUAAGGGGAUAAUAAUAGCUGCUUACAACAUUUUGAAGUAAACUCAGUUGAGUCUAUUAGGAGUUCACUCUUGGGAGAAAGAGGAAGAAGAAAAAGAGCGGCCAAUAAAAUCCUGUGGCACUUCACUGAAUUUGACUCCACAGCUCAAUUUUAGGUUCUCUGCAUGCAAAAUCUGCUGUUAGUUAAGAUUUAGUAGAAUAUUUUCUAGAGAAGGAAUGAUACGGAGCUUAAUACAUGAGCAGUUCACCUUGAUUUUAAGUACUGGGAAAGGAAGCCAAGUAUAUAUAUAUAUACACAUAUAUAUAUAUAUAUAUAUAUAUAUAGAAGCACUAUACGUCCCGGUGUCUGAGCUUUGGAAAUUGCCCAAGGCAAUGGCUGUCUUCCCACCGGGGAACUGCCUAGAAGGCGAGGCACCCAGUUGCAACUAAGUCCCUCCUUCGGCCAUUAGGAGGGGAUCUUUCCUUCGCCUACCGGAGGCUAGCUAGACGGUUCUCUGGAUCCUAAGCAAGUGAAACAGUUUCACGUCGCUAGCCCAAGCCAGACCCAAACUAGGGGCGAUGGAGUUAAAUAGUCUUCAUUGUUAGGAAUACGAAGAGCUUUAGUUUCCAAAGUACAAUUUUGUCUUUGCCAAUAAAUUUCACUAAAUGAUAUGAGGUUCUUAUUUGACAUAACUGCCACUAACUAGCUUUUAAAUGCAUCGUUAAUCUUUAAGAAAGCAAAUGUCAGGGGCUGAGUUUUGACAGUUGUAGACAUUGUUACUUUCUUUGAAUUCAGGAGACGAGUGGAACCCUGAAUUUAAAAAUUGCCUGACACAUCUGGUCUACCUCAGUUAAAUAUUGACUGCCUAAAGGUUUAGCUGAAGUGAUCAUCACAGCCAUAAAGUUUUUGACCCAGACAGACUUUACACUUUGUUUACAGAUAUAAAUGGAAUCGAGUAAAUGUUAAUCCUGAUUAGGUAAGGGCAGGAAGAUGGUAAUUUAAUUCAGGUAUUUUCGUUUUUAAAAAGUUAACUUGUUAGUUUACCUACUUAAAUGUAUGUAGUUCGCCUUGCUCAUUUACAUCUUCAGAAAAUUUUAAACUCAGUUGCAAUAAGUUUUCUUUGAUUUUUAUGUGCAAAAAACCCCCAAACCAACAACCGUAUAGUUAGGUGGAUUUGCAUUGCUGGGAUGGUGGGAGUUGCUGAAAGUUUUUCUUAAUCUUCAUCAGGUUCCUAACUGAUAAUGCUUUUCCUUCCUUCUGAUUCUCAACAAUUGCCCUCAUUGUUGAAUUAAUAAAAAGAGGAAAAACCCUAAAUUCUCUGAUUCGAUUAAGCCAAUUAUCUCAAGGAGGCUCCUUAUCUAUACUAUUUACAGUUGGUUUUCCAUUGCUCGCUGUUUUAAACUAAAGCAGGAUUUGUUCUCCCACCGAACUCCCCCAUCUACUAAAUUAUGCUAGGGCCUUCACCCAGUAAAUCCCUAACCAGCCGUCCCAUGCACAAGGCUUCAGUCAGAACAUAAGAAAAAAACAUUCUGUGAAUGAAAUAUUGUAUGUUCAGCUUUUAUAAAAGAGACAUUUUUAAAAGCCCAAUUUACAGCCGUAUAUUUUCUUAUGAUGUAAUUUAUGAACAAAUGUGUGUACUAACAGGUGCUGUAACCCUACUGUUGGUGGAUUUUACUGUUUGGUGAUAAAUGUAAACAAUAUUUCUAAGGGAAACUGUACUGUGAUGUAAAAGUCUGGGCAAAAAUGUAUAUAAUCCUUGUACAUAAAAUUGUGUAUUUGAUUAUAAUUGCUGAUUGUAAAGAUUUAAUAAAUAUGUAAAUAUUCUGGUCAAGUUACUCGUAAAAGUUUAAA